AUGGACACGGCGCGCACUCCGAAGCGCAAGCGACGGCGCCUGGAGUCGGGCGCGUCCCGGCGUGGCGGCAAGAAGGCAUCGUCUUCAUCCUCUUCAGCCAGUCGCACGCCCGGAUCGGGAGGCAGCGAGUCCAAAAUUGUGUGGAAAGACUCGCCUGCAGACAAGCAGAUCAAAGUGUCUGGCACAGGCAAAAUGGCUGUUCGAAGGGAGAUGCAGGGCUUUGUGGGUCGCUUAGCACGUGCCAGUCAACAGUCACCUCCCUCCACUAGUGAAGAGGAGAAGAAACCGGGUCGAGAACGGGUUCGCACGCGUCGGAAGGCGGCGCAGCAUGAAGAGGAGAAAGCGGCCUCAAGACACUUGAUGUUCAGUCCUCCUGAGAGAGGAAUCACAACACAGGGGACACCCAAUACAGCCAGGAGGAGACGCUCCACCGAGAGAGGAGACUCACAAGACGAACUUUUCAAUGUACUGGACCAGAUGGAGCAGAAAUAUGCCAGUCCCGACGUGACUCUACCUCUAACAAGCCUCACAGCAUUGUCUUGUAGGAGACCACAACAGCAGCAAUCGCUGCCGCCAUUUGCAGCUGCUUCUUCUUCGACGGACGACGACGUGAAGAUGACGCCGACUCCAACUCCAAGCAACUCAUCGACCGGGACACAGUCGCCACGCUCACUACGGACACAGGAAGCAGAUAAAUCACAGGAAAGGACUAGAAAUCAGAAGGUUGUCAAGACUCUGGAGGCAAUCAAAGAGCAGGAGGCUCUCAAGACACCGGAUAAGCCCCCAGUGGUCAACGUGGACCCCUUUGACGACUUGACGGACGAAUCCUGGGCGUUAUUGGACCAGUUAGCGAGCCAGAGAGCUCCCGUUGAAGCUAGCCAAGUGCAGUCGCAAUCACAGACAGAGAUGGUAUCAUCCCAGAACCUCGCGCUAACUCCACGACCCAUGCCUUCAGCGGUGUAUAGUGACACGAAAAAGCCUUCUCCGUUGCCUCCAGCUCACGAUCCAGCGUCAGUGGUGCGGUCAAUGCAUGUCACUGGCGCAGCUCAGCAGUUAGAAGUACCCGAAAGCUUCAAGCGCUUUCUGGUGCUAGAAGUGGAUCGCGACGUUGUUAACCGUUCGCUGCUGUUGCGUCUAUUAGAUGACCAAGAUGUACAACUGGAGGCUCAGCUGAGCGAAGACUGGUAUGAUGUGCUUGUUGAAGCGGGCGAUACGAUCAACAUUGUGUUUACUGAGCAGGACAGAGAUGGAUUCUUUUCGCAAGAUAACAAGACGCCAGUAAGCCGACACUUGUCGCGGAUUGUCGUGGAUAAUGCACACAACGUCGUGGUAGUCCACCCGGAUAUACUGGUAUGUUUAGUGAUUUUUCAACUUUGA